AACCAGGAAAAGGAAGAAAGUGGACGCAAUCCCCUUCUAGGCAUCAGUUAUCGUCACCCAUUUGAUAUUGUUUGUCUUAUGUUCUAAGCGAUUACUUGGAAGAAAUGUGCUUCUAGACUGCGAAAGUCUGUGUCAACUUUGCUGUCCACAACUCACCCAUUUGAAAUUUAUGUCACGUUCUUCAUAUUCUGAGCCAAGAAUUUAUUGGCCAGUUUUUGCUGGGUUAUUAGCCCUAGUCAAACGAUAUAUAUUAGCCGUUCUCAACCGCCAUUAUUAUCUUCUUCUCGCCGCAACCAUGGCUUCAUCUUCCUCGUCUUCAACAAAUCUGAAAAUAGGCAUUGUGGGCUUCGGCAGUUUCGCCCAGUUUCUGGCGAAAACCAUGCUCAAACAGGGUCAUUUUCUAAGGGCAACUUCUCGCUCAGAUCAUUCAGAGCUUUGCCUCAAUUUGGGUGUCUCAUUCUUCAGUGCUUUCAGGGAUGUAGAAGCAUUUCUUGGAGCUGACAAUGAUGUCAUAAUGAUAUGCACUUCAAUUAUGUCGUUAACUGAGGUUGUCAAGCCAAUGCCACUGCAUUGUCUGAAACGACCGACACUCUUUGUGGAUGUACUCUCAGUUAAAGAGUUCCCCAAAAAUUUUCUAUUGCAAGUGUUGCCAGAGGAGUCAGAUCUGCUUUGUGCUCACCCCAUGUUUGGGCCGGAAAGUGGGAAGAAUGGGUGGAAAGAUCUGGCAUGCAUGUAUGAGAGAGUUCGAAUAAGGAAUGAGGCUUUGUGUUCGAACUUUCUCCAAAUCUUUGAAAGAGAGGGUUGCAGAAUGUUACAAAUGCCGUGUGGAGAACACGAUAAAAUGGCUGCCAGGAGCCAAUUUCUCACUCACACCAUUGGAAGGAUAUUGUACGAAAUGGAGAUCAAUUCCACACCCAUGAACACCAAAGGGUUCGAGUCACUACUACUAUUGAAAGAGAACACCGUGAAAGAUAGCUUUGAUCUGUACAGUGGGUUAUUUCUACGAAAUAGAUAUGCAAAACAAGAGCUGGAAAACCUUGAACUUGCUUUCAACAAGGUCAAGCAGAAGCUGCUAGAUAAGAUGAUUUACGAUCAAGAUAUAGAUGAUUCUAUGAAUAAUAAAGAGAGAGAGAGAAACUGAUGAAGUUUACAAAAAUGUAAAAGAAUCGUAUCAAUUUCUGUCAGCUUGUUUUACUUCCUUGUUUUUUCCUACCAUGAUCAACUCACUGUAAUUUGGAGGCAUACAAAUGCUACAUGAAUAAUAUUAGGGAACAGUGGAAUACUAUCUCUGCAAAUCAACUUCUGAGCAUUACAGAAAUGAAACGAAAUCAAAUCAAAGUUACAG